UUUCUUUGAUUUUAACAUGUUCAGAUGAUGUAUGAAGAGAUGAAAGUAAAGGUGGAGAGAGUUAUAGAGAAAGGGUCUGUUCCUCGGGAAUACGUCAUGAAUGAAUAUGAGCAUGAGGCUUUCAACAAAUGGCGAACGCCAGGAUUCACACGUCAAGACCAUUCUGCAGUAAUUCAGGUUUUAUUAGAGAGUGGGAAAGACAAAGACGUUAAGGGCCAUAAAAUGCCUAACCUUGUCUAUGUCUCUAGAGAGAAAAGCAGGAUCUCACCACACCACUAUAAGGCCGGUGCCCUUAAUGCACUACUUCGUGUAUCAGCUACGAUGACCAAUGCACCAGUGGUCCUAAACUUAGAUUGUGAUACCUACUCCAAUGAUCCCGAAACCCUUCUUCGGGUACUAUGCUAUCUUGCAGACCCUUCCAUUGGGCCAAAACUAGCCUAUGUUCAGUUCCCUCAGCGGUUCCAUUCGAUUGGCAAGAACGACAUCUAUGGUAACGACCACAGACGUUUGUAUCAAAUAGAUCCACCAGGGAUGGAUGGACUUGCAGGCACACGUUAUGUCGGCAGUGGAUGCUUUUUCCAGCGACGAGCCUUCUUUGGGGGGCUUUCAUCCUCGUCCUCCUCUUCCUCUAAGAUCCCCCCAGUAUUAAACUCAUCCCACCAUGACUUGGACAAGUCUAUUAGUUCCAAAAGAGUUUUGGCUUCAGCCCAUCAUGUAGCAAGCUGCAACUAUGAGCAUGAGACCAAAUGGGGCAUUGAGAUGGGCUUCAGAUACGGAUCAUUAACAGAAGACUACAAGACUAGUUAUCUGCAACAGUGCAAAGGAUGGAAUGCAAUGUUUUGCCAUCCUAAAAGGGUAGCAUUUCUAGGGGGCUCGCCUUUUACUCUAAAUGAUGUCUUAAGCCAGAGCAUCAGGUGGUCCAUUGGAACAUUGGAGGUGGUCAUCUCCAAGUACAGUCCAAUCACUUACGGCACUCGAGCCAUGGGAUUGCUCAUGGGUCUUGCAUAUGCCCACAAUGGAUUUGAACCAACUUGGUGUCUUCCAAUAACCACGUAUGCCUAUAUCCCACAACUAGCUCUCCUCAAUGGAGUCUCCAUGUUCCCAAAGGUAUCAGACUCUUGGUUCUACUUGUAUGCAUUCCUUUUCUUGGGAGCCUAUUUACAAGAUUGCCUUGAAUUCAUUUUAGCAGGAGGAACAACCCUAAAGUGGUGGAAUGAUCAAAGAAUAUGGAUGAUCAGGGGAAACUCAUCUUAUCUAUUUGGGUCUGCCACCUAUUUAUUAAAAUUGCUUGGCUUUCCUGCAUCUGGGUUCAAUGUAACUAGCAAAGUGGUUACAGGCGAACAAAUGCAGCGAUAUAAGCAAAGCAUAUUUGAGUUCGGGGUAGCCUCAACUUUGUUUGUGCCACUCACAACAACUGCCAUACUCAAUUUGAUUGCAUUUGUGGUGGGGCUUGCAGGAGUGUUUAGACAUGGAAACGCAGGUGAAAUGUUUGUGCAAUUGUUUAUUUCAGGUUUUGUGAUGGUGAAUUGUUGGCCAAUAUAUGAGGCCAUAGCUUUGAGAAAGGACGAUGGAAAGAUGCCUGCAAAGAUUACAAUGAUGUCCAUCUUACUUGCAUGGCUUCUUUACUUAGCCUCAUCAUUGGUGCUCAAACUUUAAUCAGACAUUCCCCUAGUCAUCAGUUUUCUCCUUUUCA